GUAAAUAUGUUUGGAUAACCCAGCAGAGCCAUUUAACCUUUGGGAACAAGGCAACUAGCGUUUGGCAGCAGGAAUCCAACCAGUGCCCUGAGUGCUGAGGCAGAGAGGAGGACAGAAGAAACAAGAGGCUGGAGAUUGUCAAAUUCAGUAUCCCAGUUGGCUCUUGAUUCUUGGUGAAACCAUCCCUCAGCUCCUAGAGGGAGAUUGUUAGAUCAUGAAACUAAUUACCAUCCUUUUCCUCUGCUCCAGGCUGCUACUAAGUUUAACCCAGGAAUCACAGUCUGAGGAAAUUGACUGCAAUGACAAGGAUUUAUUUAAAGCUGUGGAUGCUGCUCUGAAGAAAUAUAAUAGUCAAAACCAAAGUAACAACCAGUUUGUAUUGUACCGCAUAACCGAAGCCACUAAGAUGGUGAGCUCUGACACGUUUUAUUCCUUCAAGUACGAAAUCAAGGAGGGGGAUUGUCCUGUUCAAAGUGGCAAAACCUGGCAGGACUGUGACUACAAGGAUGCUGCAGAAGCGGCCACUGGAGAAUGCACGGCAACUGUGGGGAAGAGGGGCAGUACGAAAUUCUCCGUGGCUACUCAGACCUGCCAGAUUACUCCAGCCGAGGGCCCUGUGGUGACAGCCCAGUACGACUGCCUCGGCUGUGUGCAUCCUGUAUCAACGCAGAGCCCAGACCUGGAGCCCAUUCUGAGACACGGCGUUCAGUACUUUAACAACAACACUCAACAUUCCUCCCUCUUCACGCUUCAUGAAGUAAAACGGGCCCAAAGACAGGUAGUGGCUGGAUUGAACUUUCGAAUUACCUACUCAAUUGUGCAAACGAAUUGUUCCAAAGAGAAUUUUCUGUUCUUAACUCCAGACUGCAAGUCCCUUUCGAAUGGUGAUACCGGUGAAUGUACAGAUAAUGCAUACAUCGAUACUCAGCUACGAAUUGCUUCCUUCUCACAGAACUGUGACAUUUAUCCAGGGGAGGAUUUUGUACAACCACCUACCAAGAUUUGCGUGGGCUGCCCCAGAGAUAUACCUACCAACAGCCCAGAGCUGGAGGAGACGCUGACUCACACCAUCACAAAGCUUAAUGCAGAGAAUAACGCAACUUUCUAUUUCAAGAUUGACAAUGUGAAAAAAGCAAGAGUACAGGUGGUGGCUGGCAAGAAAUAUUUUAUUGACUUCGUGGCCAGGGAAACCACAUGUUCCAAGGAAAGUAAUGAAGAGUUGACCGAAAGCUGCAAGACCAAAAAACUUGGCCAAAGCCUAGAUUGCAAGGCUGAAGUUUAUGUGGUGCCCUGGGAGAAAAAAAUUUACCCUACUGUCAACUGUCACCCACUGGGAAUGAUCUCACUGAUGAAAAGGCCUCCAGGUUUUUCACCUUUCCGAUCAUCACAAAUAGGGGAAAUAAAAGAAGAAACAACUGUAAGUCCACCCCACACUUCCAUGGCACCUGCACAAGAUGAAGAGCGGGACUCAGGAAAAGAACAAGGGCAUACUCGUAGACAUGACUGGGGCCAUGAAAAACAAAGAAAACAUAAUCUCGGCCAUGGCCAUAAACAUGAACGUGACCAAGGGCAUGGGCACCAAAGGGGACAUGGCCUUGGCCGUGGACACCAACAACAGCAUGGUCUUGGUCAUGGACAUAAGUUCAAACUUGAUGAUGAUCUUGAACACCAAGGGGGCCAUGUCCUUGACCAUGGACAUAAGCAUAAGCAUGGUCAUGGCCAUGGAAAACAUAAAAACAAAGGCAAAAAGGAUGGAAAGCACAAUGGUUGGAAAAUAGAGCAUUUGGCGAGCUCUUCUGAAGAUAGUACUGCACCUUCUGCACAGACACAAGAGAAGACAGAAGGGCCAACACCCAUCCCUUCCCUAGCCCAGCCAGGUGUAGCAGUUUCCUUUUCUGACUUUCAGGACUCUGAUCUCAUUGCAACUAUGAUGCCUCCUAUACCACCAGCUCCCACAGAGAGUGAUGAUGAUUGGAUCCCUGAUAUCCAGAUAGAAACAAAUGGCCUUUCAUUUAACCCGAUAUCAGAUUUUCCAGACACAACCUCCCCAAAAUGUCCUGGACGCCCCUGGAAGUCAGUUAGUGAAAUUAAUCCAACCACACAAAUGAAAGAAUCUUAUUAUUUCAAUCUCGCUGAUGCCCUUUCUUAAUUUAUGUGGCUAUGGGUAUUUCUUUAAUACUUUAUUAAAGUAUCAAUAUCCCUCUCUCCAUUGUCCAGAUGAAAAUAUCCUGAUAUAAUGCACCAAAAACCGUGCAGCUUCAGAACAGUCUAAAGAGAAGUGGUGAGACUCCUAAUGGAGACACCAUCAGUCUCCACAGACUGCAUAAAAUUGUGUGCCACAAUUCUAAAUCUUUUCUGAAUCUUCCUCCCAAGUUUUCUAAACUAGCACAGUAAAUGGACAAACUAAUGUGCCUUAUGG